CGUUUCAUCCCCCAGGAGGAAAACAGACAGACAAACUUCAGGUCAACAUGAUGGUUCUGAAAGUAGAAGAGCUGGUUACAGGGAAGAAGAAUGGCAGUGGGGACGCUGGGGAGUUCCUUCCUGAGGAUUUCAGAGAUGGAGAGUAUGAAGCUGCUGUCACUUUAGAGAAGCAAGAGGACCUGAAAACACUUCCAGCACACUUUGUGAGCCUGCGGGAGCAACAGUGGAAAACUGAUAAAGAGCGAGAGGCAGAGCUCAAGAAGAAAAAACUAGAACAAAGAUCAAAGCUUGAAAAUUUAGAAGACCUUGAAAUAAUCAUUCAACUGAAGAAAAGGAAAAAAUACAGGAAAACUAAAGUUCCAGUUGUGAAGGAACCUGAACCCGAAAUCAUCACAGAACCUGUGGAUGUGCCUAGUUUUCUGAAGGCUGCCCUGGAGAAUAAACUGCCAUUAGUAGAAAAAUUCUUGUCAGACAAGAACAAUCCAGAUGUCUGUGAUGAGUAUAAACGGACAGCUCUUCAUAGAGCAUGCUUACAAGGACAUUUGGCAAUUGUGGAGAAGUUAAUAGAAGCUGGAGCCCAGACUGAAUUCCGUGAUAUGCUUGAAUCCACAGCCAUCCACUGGGCAAGCCGCGGAGGAAACCUGGAUGUCUUAAAACUGUUGCUGAACAAAGGGGCAAAAAUCAGUGCGCGGGAUAAGUUGCUCAGCACUGCGCUGCACGUGGCGGUGAGGACCGGCCACUACGAGUGCGCAGAGCAUCUCAUCGCCUGCGAGGCGGAACGCAACGCCAAAGACCGAGAAGGAGAUACCCCCUUGCAUGACGCCGUGAGGCUGAACCGGUACAAGAUGAUCAGACUCCUGAUCAUGUAUGGCGCCGACCUCAACAUCAAGAACUGUGCUGGGAAGACUCCGACAGAUCUGGUGCUACAGUGGCAGAAUGGAACCAAAGCAAUAUUUGACAACCUCAAAGAGAACUCUUACAAAGCCUCUCGCAUAGAGACAUUCUGAGAAAAACGACGAUAGAAGCUUCCAUUGGCUUCUCUUCACCGCCCCAAAGAGCGACUCAUCAUGAAAACUAGCUUCUCUUUAUCAACCUGUUGUAAAGCGGCACCUAAUUAUGUUUUGAGAAAGCACAGGGACGUAGGUAUUGACAUUUCCCUAGU